CCGCUGGUGCUAAGCGCGGUUUAGGAGAUCUCCUGCUUAACGAUCUUAACCUAACGUUUAAUUCUGAGUUGAGUGAGAGAUCGAGACUUCAUGCGCCAUGUCAGAUGCUGACAAGGUCCAACGACUGCUGGCGGACUUCCCAGGACUGAGCACAGAGGAGCUAACUCUAACAGACCUCCCCUUCAUCAGAAUGGCGACCAUUAAUGUGGGGUCACACUGGUACAACCUGGGUAUCUACUUUCAUCUACCCACCAAUUCACUCGACGAAUUCCGGAGCAAGUUUCGACAGAAUGCUAAUCGUUGUCUCACUGCUGUUUUGGGGGAGUGGCUCAAGAAUCCGACCAAUGAAACGGCUUCGUGGAGGGCAGUGGUGGCUGCUGUAGCGUCGAGGGUGGGGGGAGACAAUCCCGCAGAGGCGAGGAAGAUUGCCAGGAACUACACAACUUAUGGUCGAGUAACUGAUUUCAAGAAUUUAGAUAAAGUGGAUAACAGGCAACUAUCCUCUAGUGACCUCGCAUCAGUGAAGACGGCUCUAAUGGAGGGAGUAGCUGAUAAAUGGAUGUCUAUUGGGCUACUACUCGGUGUUCCUUAUUACAGACUGGAAAGUUGUGAGGCGGAGGACACUCUAUCCCAUCGAGUCACUGCCAUGGUUACCGAGUGGUUGGAAAGGAGGUACGAUACGGAGGUGUUUGGUGUGCCGUCUUGGAGGAGAUUGGUGGAAGUGAUUGCAUCGCGAGCCGGGGGCUCCCAUAAUUAUCUCGCUAAUCAGCUCGUUAAGGCACACCCUGUACAAGCCGACCAAUCACCAGAGGAGCAAUACCCUAGCAGCGCACAGUCAGCAGGUUCUGGUCCAUCAAAACCUGCAGACGCUCUCUCAGAUUCGGACUUAGCCGCUCUUAUGAGAUUGCUUGGCCCAGUAGCAGCAGAAUGGGAACUACUCGGUGUUCAAUUAGGAGUGGCUCCUAAUGUGCUACGUAUCAUCAAAUCCAAGCCCCUCCUACUCGCUACAGCUCCCCUCUCUUUCCUGCAAGAGACUCUGUAUGUUUGGUUGCAACAGCGGCCUCCCGAGAGAUCGUGGCCGACUGUGAGAGUGUUGUGCGAUGCUCUCAAGAGUGAGCUAAUGGGGGAGAAGUUUGAACUAGCUGACAUAGCUCGAACAACACUCCUAGGCGAUCGGGAGACAAGAUGAGCAAGGAAGCACAUAGUGGUCUGUACUGACCCUAACAGUUAGUCUAGUUAUAGCAAUAAUAUUAAUUUAGUUAAUAAUUAUUUUUACGAAUGUUUUUAUUGAAAUUGCAUAGCAAUUGUUAAUCGUGACUCAUAAUAA